AUGGGUCAUGUUCCUUCAGACAAGAAAACUGACGGGACUCCCCCGAUAUCAGGACCUGCGGCCGGUCAGUUACAUGGAAUCGAUAGGUCAUCGACUCACCAGUCUACAGCCUCUGCUCGACCUUCAAUCAACCGGCAGGGUUCUGGCUUUGCAGGGAAUAGAUAUGGGUCUCCCUCGCCAUUGAAUAUGGGCAACAUGUCCUACGCAUUACCUGGUCAUCCUCAGUAUGAUCAGAUUCAAUAUACACCCGGCCAGGGCAUGAUCUAUCCCAUGCCAAUGCCGUACGGUCCUAACGCUGGAAUGGCUUACGGUGUGCCAUAUCCAUAUCCUCCUUAUACCAUUUCACCAGGACCACAUUACCAGCAGUAUGGAAACCAGCCCAUGCAAAACAUCCCACAGCAUACACCGUAUCCCCAAGGCUAUAUUCCAUAUGGCAACUACCCAGUGCACCGAGGCCAGACCCACGCGCCCCCGGUCGCCCAGCCCCCAACAAACGAAUCGAAGGCAGACUCCCGCCCAGAAAACGACAGAAGAAAUACAUUGCUCGAAUACGACGUCUCCAAAACUAUCGUGGAUGGGUCCAACCCUAUGAAACUAGGGCCACGCCAACCGCUCCUCUCUGACCAUAGCUCCCCUUCCCACUCCGCCCCGUCCGCGCCCAGUACUCCCCGAGGACCACCACGAAAGCCGAAGCAGUCCGGUCAUGCUCUCUGGGUGGGCAAUCUCCCACCGGGAGCCAACGUUGUGGAUCUCAAAGAUCAUUUCUCGCAAGAUGCAACGCACGAGAUCGAAAGUGUGUUCUUGAUCUCUAAAAGCAAUUGUGCUUUUGUGAAUUACAAGUCGGCCGCAGCUUGUGUGGCAGCUUUGGACCGAUUUCACGAUUCUCGGUUCCAGGGUGUCCGCGUGGUCUGCCGGUUGCGCAAGGGAUUUACUGCCCCGGGCUCGGGGUUGGGGGUCUCUGGUUCGGUGGGCACAGCUAGCAGUAAGCUACCUCUCCAAGAGGAUGCUGCCCCUGCCAUGGCUGAUCCGGCUCCAAUCAUGGAUGAGGAGGCACCGAGGCCGGACUCGGCAGCUCCUGCGACGGGCACCCACCCCCCACCCGCUCGGGUGAUUGAUCGGUACUUUAUUGUUAAAAGCUUGGCCACAGAGGACUUGGAUCUGAGUAAAAUCAGUGGCAUUUGGGCCACACAGUCUCAUAAUGAGGCGGCGAUGAAUCAAGCUUAUGAGACUGCCGACUAUGUCUAUUUGAUCUUCUCCGCCAAUAAAUCAGGGGAAUACUUCGGAUAUGCACGCAUGAUGUCGCCCAUCAGUGACGACGAUGACCUCGCCCUCGAAAUGCCCUCUCGACCGGAUCCACCGACUCCCGAAGAUUUGGAUGUGAUUGUCACUGCCGCCACUAGCACCGCGCCUCAAGGCCGAAUCAUCGACGACACUGCCCGGGGCACCAUCUUCUGGGAGGUGGAGUCCAAUGAGGAUGACACGCACAGUGAGAAAAGCGUGGAGCCCGACGACCCAGAAGAACAGACCUUUGGAAAACCUUUCCGCAUUGAAUGGGUUUCAACGACUCGUGUGCCGUUCCAUCGAACUCGAGGCCUUCGCAACCCUUGGAAUGCCAAUCGGGAGAUCAAAAUUGCCCGGGACGGUACUGAAAUUGAGCCUACGAUUGGCCGCAAGCUGGUGCAACUUUUCCACGCUUAA